GCCAACUGGUCCGUGCGUGUGAAGUGUCGUUCAUCAUGGUUCGGGGGAAAUAUGGAUAUUGAUUUCAGUUUUUCUUUUAUUUUGGUGAGAAACAGUUGAGAUUAGCUGGAGGUUGUGCAGCUCUCUCUCUAACACACACACACACACACACACACACACACACACACACACACACACACACACACACACACACACACACUGAUCCCCUGUCAACCCGCUGCUGACUCUCAUCUGCUGAUCGUCGCGUCAGGAUCCAGAGAUUCAACUUCACCGCAGAAGCAAGUUCGGAUGUGGCAGGCGAACUGCAGACGGAUGCAUAACUUAGCGCACUGGAUUUCUGGACCAAGGAGUGCUGGGCCGUCAUCAUUCCCCCGGCGUGCUUUUCACACCAUCGUUAUCAUCACAUGUGCAUUUUUGGAAGAACGCGUGGCUGGAGGAUGAGAUGCGGACGCUGAUGUUUUGUGUCUCCUUGCUGCGGUGAUGCAGGGGCCGUGAUGGGAGGCUGCGUGGGGAGGAGCAGGACGGAGGGACCAGGGAGUGCCCGGAGCUCCACGAGGAGCAAGAAACGUGGAGGACGUAGCGAGCCCCUCAAGAAGGAGCGACCAAAAUGGAAGAGUGAAUACCCAAUGACGGAGGGCCAGCUGAGGAGUAAGAGGGACGAGUUUUGGGACACGGCUCCGGCCUUCGAUGGACGGAAAGAGAUCUGGGACGCACUCAGAGCUGCAGCUCUGGCUGCAGAGUGCAAUGACCUGGAGCUAGCACAGGCCAUCGUGGACGGAGCCUGCAUUACUGUGCCACACGGCUCCCUCACAGAGAGCUACGAUGAACUGGGAAACCGCUACCAGCUCCCGGCCUACACUUUAGCCCCGCCUGUCAACCUCAUCACUGAAACGUCCAGCCCGAGCAAAACCUCUGAUUCCGCCCAUAAACAGGCCCAGGCCGCUCCGUGCAGACAAGAGUUCCAGCUGCGGGUGCGGCUGUCAACAGGGAAUGAUGUGCGCCUGACAGCCAGCAUGGCGGACUCCAUCGCCGAGCUGAAGAAACAGCUGGAGGAGCAGGAGGAAAUCGAUGUGAUUCGCCAGAGGUGGUUCUUCUCCGGGAAGCUCCUGACCGACAAGACUCGACUCCAGGACACCAAGAUCCAGAAGGACUUUGUCGUCCAAGUGAUUGUGAACGUGAACCCUUCAGUCAUACCGAACUGAGGCGGGGGGGGGGGGGGGGGGCUGCAGGGAGAGGAAUAGGGCUUGAAAUCCCUUUCCAUUCGGUACUGCUGUGGAAUUUUCUGUACAUUUUUAUAUAAUAAAUUAUUGCUUUUAUAUUGCUCCUUUUUGUAUUUUCCUUUUUCCAAUUGAAGUAAGAAUAUUGAAAAGCACUGAAACACUUUAGAGAAAAAGUAGAGUCCCAAGAUGUGCAUCCAAUUGUCUGUCUGUGUGUCUGUGUGUUUGUCUUGACAUUAACUAGUUGUUUACAUGGACUCACCUCCCCCCCCCCCCCUCCACUCCUUGUCACGUGUGUUUACUUGUGCUUAUUCAUGAACUAAAUCUUUUAAAUAAUCUCUGGGAUCCACAGAAGGAAAAAUCCAUUCUCCUAUUAUUUCAGCUUAUUUAAUUUUAUUCAAGAUUCCUGUCAUGCAAUUCGAGGAAUUGGCUGAAGAGGGCAGAAAACAAAACAUGUAAAUAUCAGUUUCCUCACACAUGCUGUUGGGUCUUGCGACUAUCAGCCAACUACACUUUCAUUUCACACUCUUUUAUUCAUAAUGAGGUCACGGAAUCCAAUGAAUGAUCAGUUCUGUUUAUCAUUCUCAUCACUCCAAACAAGAUACUAUAGUUUUAUUUACAACAGUUGCUCCACUGUACU